CCCAAGUCCCAUUAUGAGAACCAGUGAGAGCUGUUCACUUGCUUGCUAUGGCCUGUGGGCAGGGAGCUCUUCAGGGCCUCGCACCUCCAUUUCCUUCUGCCAGGGCUGACAGUCACCUCUAUGCUGAAGGGUCCUGGUCCCGGGCUUGUGGUCAGACUAACAUCUCCUGCAAGAAUGUGAACGGAAAGCUAGUGGAGGUAGGCAAGUGGCCAUGGCAGGUGAGCAUCCUAUUCCUGGGCAUGAGCAUCUGCAGUGGCUCCCUCAUCCACCGCCAGUGGGUCCUUACAGCUGCACACUGCUUACAGAGAUCCAAGGACCCCUUGUCAUACUCCGUGAAGAUGGGAGUUCAGAGCCUCUCGGAAAAUGGUACCGAACGUCAAGUCGCUCGCAUCAUGAUUCAUGAGGAUUUCACUAACCUAUCCCAGGAUCUUGCCCUCCUGAAGCUCAGGGACUCUGUCUUCUGGUCCCCACUCAUCCAGCCUGUCUGUCUACCUAACCCCAAACUCAAGCCAUCUUUUGGAUCCCUGUGCUGGAUGAUCGGGUGGGGAAAAGUGAAUAUUCACGCGAACCCACAGUCCCCCUACAGCCUUCAGGAGGUGGCUGUCAAGAUCAUAAAUAAUGAUAUCUGCAAUCAACAGUACAAGUUCCUCUUCUUGACAAACCAGAAGAAGUUACUUGGGAAUGACAUGAUUUGUGCCACCUCACAUUUGGGCAUGGACACCUGUCAGAGUAACUCUGGCAAUUCCCUGGUCUGCCAAAUGGACAACACUUGGAUUCAGAUGGGGGUGGUGACCUGGAGCUUUAGCUGCAACCGGCGCCACUUCCCGGGUGUCUACACCAGCACCUCCUACUUCACUGACUGGAUGAGGAAGCAGAUUGGUGAUGUGAAGUUCGUCAGCAGGGCCGGGCCUGCCUGCCUUAGCCCAGUCCUCCUCACUAGCUCCAUUCUGCUGAUCUCCUUGGGCUGCCAGUGGCUCCUGUGAAUGAUGUUUCCUGGGCAUCCCUCCCCGAUGCAGCUGCUUCCUCUCCUCUGUCUGUCCUGAGGAGAAGCGGAGACUGGAGGAACACAGGACAUCAGGGCAAGUCCAUGGGGGAGGGUUUCAGAGCCACUGUUUUUUCAAUUGUUCAAUGAAGAUGCUCUUGAACUUUGUGUCACCGAAGUCAUCAUCUUUUUUCUAGACUCUGGCCAGAGCCUCCCCACCCACAAGAGGCCUGGCUGUCUUCUCAAGGGGAGCCUCCCUGAUAGCCUUCCUUGUACUUGUACUCAUCCUGUUCCCCUCUCUGGGCUGCAGUUGCCUCUUCUACCAAUAUGAAGCUGGGCUCUGUGUUCCCCACUCCCUGCUUAGUAAUCCCAGCACUCCAGCAGUCCCCAGGUCCCCAUGGCCAUGCCCCGGGUCUCUGACCACAGUUUCCCCUCAUUUCCUUACCAUGAGGGUUGUCUUCUUCCCAGGAAACUCAAAAUGACCAGACCUGCACUUGUGGGUUCAGCUCCAGAACUUGUGGGCCUCUCUCAAGCCCUCAUAUCACCCUAAGAGUCUACAGAGCUUGACCAUUUCCUCCUCCCUCCCCGGCAGGAAUGAGUGAUGAUGGGGGGCAGGGAGGGGCAAGGCAGAGUGCUGGCUUAGGUGACUGUGGGGGGUGACUGCACCCUAAACUCGCAGCUGCCUUAGUGACAUCUGUCAUACUCUGAAGAGAAAGAACAGGCCCCAGCUAGCCAGACUGAGAGGGCAGAGCCCUACUACCUCUGUGGGAGGUAGCAUGGGAGCCCAUCAGGCCUGGUGGGCCUCAGGUUCACAGUGGCCCCUAUCUUUGCCCUCGGGCUCCACAGCAUAGUAGGUGUGGUUUGCUGGAGACUGAAGUACUGAAUGGCCAGCCGUACUGUUUGUCCCAAGAGAGCAGGCCUUGGCAAAAGUUAAAUUGUUCUAGUCUGAUUUAACUUCUACCUUUUAUUGAGCUAGAAUUUCCCAACAGCUUUGAAUCAAAAUUCAUAGGAUUUCCCCAGACUACCUUUUAACUGUAUUAUCCAUCUGUGUCACUGAGCCGUCAAAAUGUUCCCCGACUUCCAGUGUAC